AUAAAAAAAAAACAAAACAAAACAUGCAAAGAAAAAGAAGAGACAAAGAAGAUACACGGGAGAGAAGAGAGAGAGAGAGAGCGAAAGGGAUUCGUUCUUUUCCCCUUUCUCUCUAUCUUCUUCUUAUGAUUCUUAGAAAACUAAAAACUCAAACUCCGUUUAAGAAGAAGAGAAAAAACAAAAAAGAAAAAAUCCUUCAAAGUUUCAGUCUCAGGUGGUUUCACACUGUUAAUACUGAUGAUAAGUUUUGCUUCUUUGCGGCAUUACGUGUAAUGGUGAAUCUAUCCGAAUUUCGAUAACCUCUAGUGAGGCAUCCAAUGUUGAAGGGAAAGGCAGAGCCUGAGCAGAAGAAAGGUUGGUCAGAGUCACUGCUAGAGUUUAGGUCAGGGUUUGGGGAAAAGAUGAAAUUUGUGUCAAAGAAACGUUGGAAAUCUCUUGCACCUCUUCAUCUGAAAAGCAAAUCAGUUGCGCGGUUUUGCUUCUUUUCGAAAUUGAAGUCAAACAACCAUGGUCCAGGCCGAGCACCAGUCUAUCUCAAUGUUUAUGACUUGACUCCUAUUAACGGAUAUAUCUAUUGGGCAGGCCUCGGUAUAUUUCACUCUGGUGUAGAAGUUCAUGGAGUAGAAUAUGCUUUUGGUGCACAUGAUUAUGCAACCAGUGGUGUAUUUGAGGUCGAACCACGGCAAUGCCCUGGCUUCAAAUUCAAGAAAUCGAUAUUCAUCGGAACAACAAAUUUAAACCCGGCACAAGUGAGGGAGUUUAUGGAGGACAUGGCUUGUAGUUACUAUGGGAAUAUGUAUCACUUGAUUGUUAAGAAUUGCAACCAUUUCUGCCAAGACGCUUGCUACAAGCUCACAGGCAAAAAGAUCCCCAAAUGGGUGAAUCGUCUUGCACAAAUAGGUUCUGUGUGCAGCUGUAUACUUCCUGAGUCGCUCAAGAUCACAGCGGUUUGUCAUGAUCCAGACGGGCAAAUCCCCGAGGAAGAAAACGAAAAGAGAAGUCUUAGGAGCUCAUUCAGCUGUUUAUCAUCCAUCUCCAUGAGACAAAAACAGCUUUCUACAUCAUCAUUGCUCUUACAAUCACCUCUCAGAGGCUGUUUGCCUCCAUGGCAACUGAAACGAUCUAAAUCUAACAGCAGUUCCUUGAAAGAAAGGUAGAAAAAGAACACAUUCCGACAUAAACGUCGUUUCUCAAGCACGCCGAUGGUUUAUCUUUCUGUCUGUGUAAGGGAGUUCGAAAACAGGUUUCUUCUUCUGGGUUUUUUUGUUUGUUGUAACCAUUCUUCUUUCUGUUUGUAUUGCUUCCAAAAUUUGGAUCCACUUCCAUCUUUAACUGAUAAAAUUAUGUAUUGUCUCAACUCUGUUUAUAUCUAAAUUAGCUUAUCUUA